GGCUGCCCACACACCGAGUACACUGCUCUCCUCCAAUCAGGAGCAGGAUCAGCUCCUGGAGGUCAUCACUCAAGUUGGCAAGAGGCAGCUGUGUAGAAGCUGUUUUCUCCUCUCCCAGCGCCAUAUUGUGGGAGAGCAGAUGCAUAGAAUAAGUCCUAAUUCCAGUAACUUAGUCCAGUCCGGGUUGCUCCCCACACCAAGGCUGGCAAAAGGCAAAUUUGGAAUUGAACCCUUCCCUUCCGACCAUCAAUUACAUGUUUUUCUCUGCAGUACUGCCUAAAAUAUGAGUACAAGUGUACUUCAAAAGUUAAUGAAAAUUGAAUUAAAAGAUAAGUCUAUUUGGGUGCCAAACAACGUUGAAUCUAUGACUGGUUUUCUCAUAAUACAAAAUCUUUAAUGAAUUUUUUGAAGACCUCUGGCAUGCAUGGAUUUCAGAAAAGUUUUGUACCAAAAUAAACUUGUCUCUUAUUUAUUUUUGUAAAUUUUAACAUGAUCACAGAUCCAUAAAACUUGGCAGUAAAGCAUUCUUAAUCAUUGGUUUGCAUUAAUUCCAUGUUCUAUCCACUUUUCAAAAUACCCUUGUACAUUGGAUAAACCAUCCACAAAUUCUUUUGUACAUUUCAGGUUAGUAAUCUUUCUGGAAAUAAACUUUUACCAAAUCAUGACAGAUAUUUUGCUUCUAAGAACUUUUAUUAAACCUGGUGUUUGUUUAGUGGUGAAGAGGUGGAGGGGGGAAAUUGCCUUCGCACAUGUGCUGCGUGAGUCUUCACAAAUCUCAGUCCAGGCGAAGCUCAUUACACUCUGCAGUCUUCCUAAGGAAGUGGAUGGAAGUUAGAGCUGAGACACAAACAGGAAGGCUGGGAGGCAGCAUUUGUCCGGCAGGCACCACCUCUUUAAAUAGCUGCUGUGCAGGGGGAAUUAGUUCUCCACUUAGAGAAGGAACUCCAUUGCCCUUUGUUUGUAGUCCUGCAGGGCUGGAGGUCGCCAGUGGCAGUGCUGUCAUUUCAGAGGUUGAAGGCAAUGCUCAGUGGGUGUGGGGUGCCAGACUGCCUGCCUCUGGGCCAUGAGCGGACCCUGGCACAGAGAUUUGGGCUUCUCCCGUAAGAAUAUCAGCCCCGAGACUUCCAACCUGCUGAAAGAAAAUCCAUUCCUCGCUGCCGAAGAAUUAACAGGAUGCUCUCCAAUGAAUCCCUACAUUGCCCUGCGUUCAGUCGCUCCAACUCGCAAGCCUCCGUAGACAGCGCCUCCAUGGAGGAUUUCUGGCGGGAAAUAGAAAGUAUCAAAGAGAACAGCCUGGGAGGGCAGGAGGAGCAGCCGCCAGCCGAGGUCAAGCCUGUGGAUGAGGGUGAGCUUGAAGCAGAGUGGUUGCAAGACGUGGGCUUAUCAACUCUGAUCUCAGGCGAUGAAGAGGAAGAUGGAAAAGCCUUGCUCUCUACGUUGACUCGGACCCAAGCAGCUGCAGUGAAAAAGAGAUAUAACACCUAUACUCAGACCAUGAGGAAAAAGAAUAAGCACUCUGUCAGAGACGUCAGAGACAUCUUUGGAGCCAGUGAAUCUCCUACAGGUGCUUCUUGUGACAACCAUACUACACAGCUGGAUGGCACUGAAGAAGACAAGGAGCUCCCAGGAGUUAUCACAAGAAGUGGUCCCAUGCCAGAUGAUGCUUCUCUCAACAGUACCACCCUGUCCGAUGGAGCCCAGGAUGAAGAAGGGAGUUUUGCAGUUCCCAGGAACAGCUCCAGGUCUAUACUUGAGGCGAUCCCUGACAUACCAGUUCAUUCCAAUGGAUCUGCAGGCCCGGGACAGUCGCUGCAGACCGCAGUGAGUGAUGGUGGUUAUCUGGGAAAGAACAUUCCUCCAGAGACUGAAGAGCUGUCCUUUGAAAUAUCUUAUUCAGAAAUGGUUACAGAGGCUCCAAAAAGAAGUAAAUUUAAGAAAUUGGAGAUUAAGAAAGAAGACUAUGCUUUAACUAAAUUUAUCGUUCAGAAGACCAGACUUGGCUUGACGGAGGCAGGAGACUUGUCUACUGAAGACAUGAAGAAAAUCCGCCAUCUCUCUCUCAUUGAGUUGACAGCCUUUUUUGAUGCCUUUGGAAUUCAACUGAAGAGAAAUAAAACAGAGAAAGUAAAAGGGCGAGACAACGGGAUCUUUGGAGUUCCACUCACAGUCCUCCUGGACAAUGACCGAAAGAAAGACCCUGGAGUGAAAGUUCCCCUGGUGUUACAAAAAUUUUUUGAGAAAGUUGAGGAAUCGGGUCUGGAAUCUGAAGGAAUUUUUCGACUUUCAGGAUGCACAGCCAAAGUCAAGCAAUACCGCGAAGAAUUGGAUGCCAAGUUUAAUGCAGAUAAAUUUAAAUGGGACAAAAUGUGCCAUCGAGAAGCUGCUGUGAUGUUGAAAGCAUUUUUCAGAGAACUGCCCACCUCUCUCUUCCCUGUGGAAUAUAUACCUGCCUUCAUCGCUCUCAUGGAAAGAGGGCUUCACAUCAAAGUGCAGCUUCAAGCCUUGCACCUCAUGGUCAUGGCACUGCCUGACGCUAACAGGGAUACAGCCCAGGCCCUCCUGACGUUCUUCAACAAAGUGAUCGCCAAUGAAUCCAAAAACCGAAUGAGCAUAUGGAACAUUUCGACUAUCAUGGCGCCCAACCUCUUCUUCAGCAGAAGCAAACAUUCUGACUACGAAGAGCUGCUGUUGGCAAACACUGCAGCCCACAUCAUCCGCCUCAUGCUCAAGUACCAGAAGAUCCUGUGGAAGGUGCCGUCUUUUUUAAUCAGCCAAGUAAGGAGAAUGAACGAGGCCACGAUGUUGUUAAAGAAGCAGCUCCCGAGCGUGAAGAAGCUUCUGCGGAGGAAGACCAUAGAGCGAGAGAUUACAAGCCCCAAGACUUCAAAGGUACUACAAAAAUCACCCUCUUCAAGAAGAUUGUCUGACGUGCCAGAAGGAGUCAUCCGGGUCCAUGCUCCACUUCUCUCGAAGGUGUCCAUGGCCAUUCAACUUAACAGUCAAACCAAAGCCAAAGACAUAUUGGCGAAAUUCCAGUAUGAGAACAGUCACAGUCCAUCAGAGUGUAUUAAGAUUCAGAACCAAAGGUUAUACGAGAUCGGAGGAAAUAUAGGACAGCAUUGCUUGGACCCAGAUGCAUAUAUAUUGGAUGUAUAUCAUGAAAAUCCUCAAGCAGAAUGGGUAAUUAAGCCCCAACCAAGUCUUUGAAUUGUCCACAAGGUGGCUGCUAUCCUGUAUUACAUGCCAAGAAGAUCCUAUCUUUGGUGGGGAAAAAAACAAGACUACUUUUGACACACUUGUUUCUCUAACCCUCUCCAUGUUUCUUGGUCCUGAGUGCUGGUGUCUGCAGCACUGUCAGAACGGUGGAAGAGGAGCUGGCUCACCAUGCGAGAGCAAGUUUUCUCACCGUGCUUCUGGAUUAAAAGGCAAAGCGAGAGGAUGUGAUCCUUCCAGAAGACAGGCCAAUGUGAAAUACGGGACUGCAAUCAUUUCUGGUACUUUGACUUCUCAGCCGAAAUGAACUUGGCCUUACACCAGGGGAUAAGCAACAGUUCUUCACGUAGCCAAUGCUACCAAACACAAGGAGAAAGAGACCUUUUUUUUAUACUUAUGUUUUCUGCACGUGUUGACCAUUUUGAACAACAAUGCCAGAAAUAGCCUUACUUUCUGCCUUACAAAAUAAUCCAGAUCUACUUUGCAAAGGGAAUCCAUUUCUCUAACGUGCAACAUACAAUAUUUAUGCUCUGACUUGCUCCUGCAUCGGAGGAAGGACUUCCGUUUAAAAAAAAAAAAAAACUGUAUUGUUGCAUACAUCAUACUGUAUUAAGGCUAUAGCGUUCUGGUGCAAAUGAACAUUUCCCUAUCAGUAACUGUUGAAGUUGAUAUGUUUAAAGCUUACUCUCUUGUGAACACAGGUCCCCAUAGUGAAGCAUACUUUGACAAAGGGGGUCUUCGGCUUCCAGAACUUUCUCUGUAGUCAGCUGUCACACAGCCUGUUUUCGCCUCAUGGUGAUGGUGCUCAGUGAAUGCAUCUCUCCACCUGCCAGGCAGUUUCCUUUGCUGAACAAACAUAUCGCUUUUUCUAUUUUACAACUGUAGAUAGUAAUUCCUAAAGCCCCGAUUUAAAAACAGAAUUGCUCUUUUCUGAAAGUACUGAAAAAUACCAUAUCCGUGUCUGAUAAACUACAAAAGCAGAUUGUGCUUUUGUUCAUUAAUCAUAGACGUGAUCAGCGCUGGGGAUUAAGAUCAGGCGUUCAAGUCAGGUGCAUGUUUGAUGAGCUGAAAACUGUCUCUCUAACGAGAUACCAUGGAGUCAUUUUCUAAGCCUGCAGUUGGCCGGAAUCCACAGUCCCCACGUUUCCAAAUUAGGGCAAAUCAAAGCUGUGUGGAGGGAUUGGGCAGCUCUGCCCUUCACCUUGAGGCUGCAAAUGCAAUCCUUCUAGUCAGCCAGAAGCGGGCACAGAGACCUCACAUAUCUCAGACUUGUACUUUGGCUUGGAGUGCACAGAUUGAGACUUUGUUGAGUUUACCGCAGUAUUAAUGAGAUGCAAGACCCGAAUGCCUCUCCUGCAGUUCAUUUUGACGUAGUUGCUCAUAAACAAAGAAAACGCUUUUUACUCUCCUUACCGGUCUCAAAAUGUGUGAUGAUAUUUUAAGCCAACAUAUAGAACAAAUAUUUUAUAUGCCACAUUAUGCCUUGGUGUCUAUACAAGACAUGCAGGUACUUGCAUUUCUAGUGUUUAGGAUAUAAAAGAACAUUAUAGAAAACACAAAGAUCCAUUCAUUUGAUUUAUUUGGGAAUUUUUAGUUCCUUUGCCUGAAAACCUGUUUGAAAGUAAAUGUGUGUUCCAUAGGUUUGUAUUGGUUCCUGCAUUUCACCAGUGUUCAGUGGACUAAUUGAUGGCAGGUGCGUUUACAUUAUGAAUUUCCAUAGACUGAAAAAAAAUGUUUUUAAACCACAGGAGUAAACCUUUUACUCUAUGUAGUUGCCAAAUAUUAAGACAUAGGAUGACAGUAACUUAUGUCCAUACAUGGAAGAAAUUCUUCAAAUAGCUGCCUUAGAUAGCUAUGUAUAUACAAAAUACGACUGAUUUUUCUCAUUCUAUAUGGGCUCAUCAUAGUAGUUAAAUUCUGCUGCGUUUUACACAAAAUUCACAUAUCUGUUCAUUUAUUUUUCUAUUUCAGAAUUUUCGUUUCUUUGGACAGGAAACACAUUAGAACCUAAACAUAAAUUCUAAAAGUUUUUAAGGUUUACUCCAACUUUUCAUCAAUUUUCAAUAAGUGGCUGAGAGAUGACAGGUAAAAUACACUAAGUCUCAAUUUCUUAGCCACUUUUUUGUGGCAAAGACUUAGAUGAAUCUGUAAUUUAAAAUGAGUCACUUCAUUUUAUUCAAGGGCUAUGACAACUUUCAAAUAGCUAUCCUAUGGAGAACCAACUUGUGUCAGUACCAUUGGACAUAAUCUUUAUCCUCAGUCUUAGCACUCACUAAUUGGUUAGAGAAGAAUUUUGGUAAAAAGACUAUGCAUGGUUAAAGAGGUUUUUACUAAUUUUAUAAUAAACAAACCUCUGCUAUUAAAAUUCAAAAGUGCCCUUCACCUAGAUAUUGAAAGAACUGUUGCCUUAUCAAGAGGUUUUUUGUUUGUUUGUUUGUUUUAAUUUCAGUAAUCAGUCUGUGAAAAUAAACAGCAAAUUUCCAAUGAAAGGUCACAUACCCAGCUUCUUGUUGCUAUUCUCCGUACCUUCUCGCCUUCAAUCCACACCAAGUUUUCUUGGUAUCCAAUUAGGAAAAUUGUACCCUCCAGGGAGGUAUUAGAGAAGGUUAACAUUAGAGGAACACUUAGAAAAAUUCAUAGAGCUGGCUCAUUUUUUCCUCCGUUUUGCAAAAGAGGAUUCUUUUGCUAAAUAGGGCACUUGGGGAUAUGCUCCUUGGAGUCAAUGAUCUUUGAACAAACUGGAAUAUCAAUUCUUCACAUUGUAUAUACCGUAUAAACUACCUCACUUGCCUUUCUUGGGAAAAAAAAUUAAUGGACUUUAACAAUUUUUGUUACAAUCUGUCCCUGAGUCUUAAGUCUUAUUUAAAUCCUUGCAGUUAGCUUUCAGUGUACAUCUAAUGACGUACCUUUAAUGAUGUAAAAUAUUUUUAGCAAAAGCUUUAAAACCAAAACUGUGAUCUGAGGAAUACUCUGAGAGAAUCUGUAUCCCUUAGCCGUUGUCUUGUGUUUCUGACUAUGUGGCAAUGCAGGUUUUCAAGAGUACGAAUUAAUAUUCAGCUUUUCUUUGAGGCAUUUUCAACUGCUGUCCACAUAUUUCACUCCUCUGAAAAGUAACAUGAGAUUAAAAUGUCUCUUCCUUCUAGCUAGAAUAUUCAACUAUUUUUCACAUAAGUAUUACUUGCCUGAAAAGACCAUAUAUUAUUGGAAUGAAAUAGUUCCUCUGACAGGCAUUUUUCAACUUUCCCAUAAAUAUGUCACUUAGUAAAAAUUAUAUGACAUGGAAUUAAAGUGUUUCUUCCAAGGAUUGUCAUCAGUUUUACAUACACACACACACACCAGAAAUUUUCAACUAUUUUCUAAAACCAUGUGAUUUGAUUGAAAAAUCAUAUAUAUCACUGGAAAAUGCCAAUGUUUUAUGUUUUCUCCUGUUUCAGGAAUUAAUAUUAAUGCUUUUGUCCCAUCAGCUUUCUUUGUUUAUGUAGGAUCUGUAUGUUGCAUUUUAUCCAUCAAAAUAAAGAAGUAAAAAACCUGAAA